CGCUCUAAAGAAGCGCCAGCUCUCAUUGAAUGAGCCAAAAUCUAAAUCAGCCUUUAUUUGGCCUUUUAUUUUUCUUUCCUCGCGAAACUUAGUUAUCUGCGUAGUGCGUUGGCGGACAACGCCUAAACAUUUGGCUUGAGGAUACGAUUUAACGCAAGGAGGCAGGCUGGCACAGGUAGUAGGGUGCCCUUGGAUCAUGAGAGACAGUGGCAGCAGCCUGGCUCAAACACACUGGUCCAAUGAGUUGACACUGACAACUGGGCAGGAGGGCGGUGGGGGUGCCAUUGGAGGCAGCCAUCUAAUGAACCCGGCCAUGGCCCAACAUGCCCCCAGCCCUGCCCACUUCAAACUGGGCUGCAGAGAGGAAGACAUCAGCAUGUGGGGGGCAGAGUGUGCUAUUUCUGAGCAGGAGGAGGAAGAGGAACAUGAAAAUGUGGAGAUUGAGAGUGAAGAGGAUCUGAUGGAAAAGAAAGAUGAGCGUGGUUUCCAGUGGAAUGAUACAGGUGAUGAGGACUGGGGCACACCAGAACACUCACUGCCACUAGAGACGGAUGUAAGCAUUACAGGUGACUUUACCCACUGCUUAGCCCAGACUAGGCUCGGUCCACUCAAAGAGAGGAGGCUAGCCCAGUUGUGUUAUCGUGGCCAGAGGUAUGUGAGCAUUCGCAACCGUCUGGCCCAACAGUGGAGGACUUGGCGCCAGCGAGCAAAAUGGGCAGGAACUAUGGGAUACAGGAGGUUACUCAGAUGUCAAAGACGCCGCCAUUUUGUUAAUCAGCCUUACCAGAGACAGUCUGGCAGUUUGUUGUUAAAUAGAGAUCGAGAACGACGUUUGGGGACAGCAGAAGCCAGGGGAGCUGAUUUAGAUGACUCCUGUAGCACAAAUGGUGUUCCAAAAUCAAAUGAUGGUGUCCAUGGAGCAGACAAGGAGGGACAGACCUCCACUGCCAAUGUCAAACCAUCCCUACAGAAUCAGCUUGGCAGUGAACACAUCUCUUGUGUACAAGGUAUUCUGGAUGAGUUUCUCCAGCAGUACGGCAGUUUGAUUCCCAUUCAUGUGGAUGAGGUAGUGGAGCAGCUUCAGGACAUCUUCAAUGAGAGCUUCUCAAGUCCUCACAGGAAAGUAAUGGUGCAACAUUUAAUGCAGUCCUACCAGCGCAUGUCUGGAAGUGCUGUGAUGCGGGGCUUCCGUGUAAAUUACAAACGUCAUGUUCUCACCAUGGAUGAUCUGAGCACACUCUAUGGCCAGAACUGGCUCAAUGAUCAGGUCAUGAACAUGUAUGGGGAUUUGGUCAUGGACGCAGCCCCUGAAAAGGUCCACUUUUUCAACAGCUUCUUUUAUGACAAACUUCGGACGAAAGGUUACGACGGGGUCAAACGUUGGACAAAAAAUGUUGAUAUUUUCAAGAAGAACUUCUUGUUGAUCCCUAUUCAUCUGGAGGUGCACUGGUCAUUAGUGUGUGUGAAUGUUCCUCAGCGAAGCAUCACAUACUUUGAUUCCCAGAGGACCCUCAACCGUCGUUGCCCCAAACACAUUGCCAAAUACCUACAAGCGGAGGCAAUCAAGAGAGAACAGAAAGAAUUUUACACUGGGUGGAAAGGCUUUUUCAAAAUGAAUGUGGCGAGGCAGAACAAUGACAGUGAUUGUGGAGCUUUUGUCCUUCAGUACUGUAAGUGCCUGGCCCUGGAGCAGACUUUCAGCUUUGGUCAGCAGGAUAUGCCCAAGCUACGGAGACAAAUGUACAAAGAACUGUGUCGCUGUAAACUGUCUCUGUGAGACCGUGCAAGAACCGUGUCCUCUUACACUUCUAAAUAAGCUCCAGACAGCAUUUAGACGGGAGACGUGCAAACGUUUUUAACCCUCUUUUUUUCAAUGAAUUUGUAUUUUGGCUUAGUGAAUGCCACACUUUGUUCAGCCCGGUUGUUCAUUUGUUCGAAACAGGAGGGGGAAAGGAACUCUGAGAACUGUUUAUUAGGUGCUGCCAUUUUUAUUGGCAAUUAUAUUUUUUUAUUUUUCAUGUUCUUGAUGUCAGUUACUUGUAUGCUAAAAGGUAAUGCCAUUGAGUGGGGAAGGAGUCUUGCAGACAUUUUAAAAUGUAAUGCGAUAUUAAAUAUGGACCACAACACUAUCAAAGGAUUUUUUUUUUUCAAUAUUGUUUGUCGGUUGUUAUGUAUCUGUGUGAUGCAAAACUAUGGAGAGUAAAAAAAAAUAAAAUAAAAAAAAAAAAGAGCAGCUGUAAAUUAAACUGUUUUAUAUCUUUUGAGAUGCAUAUGUUGUUGGUAAAAUGUACUAAUAAAAACAGAAGAAAAUUUGU